AUGGGUGUUGGUUGGGCUGGGGCUCGCAGGGGCCGGCGAUGUCCGCGCUCCCUGCCGCCGCUCGGAGCUCCGGACCCGGGGCCGGGCGUCGGUCGCCACGCCACGCCGCGGCCGCGGCACCCCAAAGCCCUGCUUGCCUCGCUAAAGCAGCGGGAGGUGUAUCUGGGACGUGUGCUUAGACUGGAGUGGUGGGGGAAAUCUGUGGCAAAAGAUGUGACAACCCGCACGGGCUCGCUGGUGGAGAUAACGGCCCCGCCGCGCUGGAAGGCGGGUUCUGUGCAGGAGGCCAGCCCCGCAGCGGCUGACGAGGACUCCUGCUCUUCCUCCGCUGCCCUGUCGCCCUCCUCAUCGCCGCGGUCCAUGGCCUCCGGCUCGGGCUGCGCCCCCGGCAAGUGCGUGUGCAGCAGCUGCGGCCUGGAGAUUGUGGACAAGUACCUGCUCAAGGUAAAUGACCUCUGCUGGCAUGUGCGCUGCCUCUCGUGUAGCGUUUGCAGGACGUCCCUGGGGAGGCACACCAGCUGCUACAUCAAAGAUAAAGAUAUCUUCUGCAAACUCGAUUAUUUCAGGCGGUACGGCACACGCUGCUCGCGCUGCGGGCGGCACAUCCACUCCACGGACUGGGUGCGGCGGGCCAAGGGCAAUGUCUAUCACCUGGCGUGCUUCGCCUGCUUCUCCUGCAAGAGACAGCUCUCCACGGGAGAGGAGUUCGCUUUGGUUGAGGAGAAAGUCCUCUGCAGAGUACAUUACGACUGCAUGUUGGACAACCUGAAAAGAGAAGUUGAAAACGGUAAUGGGAUUAGUGUGGAAGGAGCAUUACUAACGGAACAAGAUGUUAAUCACCCAAAACCAGCAAAAAGAGCUCGGACCAGCUUCACAGCAGAUCAGCUCCAGGUUAUGCAAGCACAGUUUGCUCAGGACAACAAUCCAGAUGCACAAACACUUCAGAAACUGGCAGAAAGAACAGGCUUGAGCAGGCGUGUUAUACAGGUGUGGUUUCAGAACUGCAGAGCACGCCAUAAGAAACACGUUAGUCCUAAUCAUUCAUCUACUGCUCCUGUGACAGCAGUUCAGCCCUCCAGGUUGUCUCCACCCAUGUUAGAAGAAAUGGCAUACUCUGCAUACGUACCCCAGGAUGGGACUAUGCUCACUGCUCUGCAUAGCUACAUGGAUGCUCAUUCACCUACAGCUCUUGGACUUCAGCCUUUGCUACCCCAUUCAAUGACACAACUGCCACUAAGUCACACCUAAUUCCUUUUCAUCAGGGAUUGGAACUAUUAAAGAUGUAACCUGAAGUCAUAGUGUAUUGAAAAUAUAAUUGGAAAGAUAUUAAUGUUAACUUUUUAUUUAACACCCAAAGCAUUUUCAAGAUAAUUUUUGCCCAGGUACGUACGUCUAUUUAGCCUGCAAGACACUUUUAUGGAUUCUGCCUAAGUAACUAUUACAUUGUUUACAAGCCUUAUUAAACACCUUUUUGUAUUGUCUGGAAGUAGUCCACUCUAGUUAUGUGUGUGUUAAUUUAUUUGUCAU